UCAUCUGCCUUUCCAUCAUUUUCUCACCAUCUUUUUAUGUAUUUUUUCUCUUGCAAGUCCAAGGGGUACUGUAUCCCAUCCGGGCCUUUCCCAAAUUCAAUUCUUUUUCCCGUUAAUAUAAGCUUCUCCCUCUCUUUUCUCUGAAUCUGGCUCUUGGGUUCAGUGAAUAUGUAUGUGUCUGUGUUGGUGGGUGAGAGAAAGAGAGAGAGAGAGAGAGAGAGGGGGAAGGAGGGGAGUGAGUGGUUGAGCUGAAAGUAUAGCAUGGAGAUCUGCGCCUGGGCAGCGACUUGGAGCUUGCUUCAGGGAGAAGCAUGUUGAGCCAGAGCUUGGAGUAAUGAGUGUUAGCUCGAUCCAACGUUGAAAAACCUUUUCGUGGCUCUCUGCAAGAAUCUUUGGAGUUAACAAUGAGGUGAACUUUUGAGCCCCCGCGAUGGCUUCCAAUCUUCUUCUUGAAGAUUGAAUCUUCCCGUUUCAGUCGCACCAAGAAAAGGCGAAAAGGAGGAUGCCCAUUUGGUUCCCUCACUCGCAUUCCUUCUUCAGCUCGAGAUUUCGGCAGCUAUUGCUGCUGUAGUUCUGGUGCCAGCUUUCCACAUUCUUGAAGGGAAAGAAAAAAUUUGAGAGGAGGCUCUUGGGGGAGUGAGGAUUGUAAAGACCAAGAAUUGGGGGAAUGGAUCUAUUUUUGCACUGAUUUCAAAGGGAAUAGGAGGCAACUGCUGAUAUUCCAAUUAUCACAUUGCAAUAUUUUACUAUAGAAGAUUAUGAAGCAACACUUCUUCAGAGCAUUGCCUUUUCUGUUGCUCUUGUUCAUACUUCUCCAAGCAAAUGCUGAUUUGGAUUCGGAUAAGCAGGCACUCCUGCAAUUUGCAAAUGCCAUCCCUCAUGGAAGGAAACUGAACUGGACUGCUAGUUCUCCUAUCUGUACUUCUUGGGUAGGUAUCACCUGCUCCAAAAAUCCAACUCGUGUAAUUGCCCUUCGGCUCCCGGGAACCGGACUUUUUGGUCCUAUUCCGGCCAACACUUUGGGGAAGCUUGAUGCACUCACGGCUCUUAGCCUUAGAUCCAAUCGCCUAAGUGGAAAUUUGCCAUCUGAUGUGCUCAUUCUUCCUUCCCUCCACACCAUCAACCUACAAAGUAACAAUCUUUCAGGUGACCUACCCUCUUCCCUCUCUCCCCAGCUCAGUGUGGUUGAUCUCUCCUUCAAUGCCUUCACUGGAGAAAUCCCACCUGAAAUUACAAACUUGACCCAUCUUACCAUUUUGAACCUCCAAAAUAAUUCAUUUCUGGGGUCGAUCCCCGAUCUCAGACAAACUAGGCUGAAGCAGUUAAACUUGAGCUAUAACCACCUAAACGGUUCAAUUCCAUCUGGGAUCCAAAAUUUCUCAGUCUCUUCCUUUUUAGGGAACCCUUUGCUAUGUGGCAAGCCUCUGAAUUUGUGUUCUUCGAUCAGUCCAUCACCUCCUCCCUCACCUUCUAUCUUACCACCCUCACCAAGGGAAAAAUCCAAGAAGAAACUAAGUCUUGGAAUUAUAAUUGCCAUUGCAGUCGGAGGCACUCUAAUGCUAUCUAUUCUCUUGCUGGCAUUAAUAUUAUGUUGCUUUAAGAAAAAACAGAGUGAAGAUGGCAGUCCCUCGGUGAAAGGUAAAGGAGUCCGGACUGAUAAGCCUGAAGACUUUAGCAGUGGGGUCCAAUCGGCAGAGAAAAACCGGCUUGUGUACUUUGAAGGUUGUUCUCACAGCUUUGACCUCGAAGAUCUACUGAAAGCUUCAGCAGAAGUUCUAGGCAAGGGAAGUUGUGGGACCACAUAUAAAGCCAUCAUGGAGGAUGGGACCACCGUGGUGGUGAAAAGGCUGAAGGAAGUGGUGGCAGAGAAACGAGAGUUUGAGCAGCAGAUGGAGAACGUGCAGAGGGUAGGACAGCAUCCGAAUGUCAUUCCACUUCGUGCAUAUUACUACUCAAAAGAUGAGAAGCUCCUUAUACAUGACUAUAUAACAGGAGGCAACUUCUCCUUGCUGCUGCACGAAGGUGGGAGGCAGGCAUUGGACUGGGCAUCACGGGUGAAGAUUUCUCUAGGAGUGGCUAAAGGCAUUGCUCACAUCCAUUCGGCUGGAGGCGGGAGGUUUAUCCAUGGCAACAUCAAGUCCUCCAACGUCCUCCUCACUCAGGACCUUCAAGGUUGCAUCUCGGAGUUUGGCCUGACUCCUCUGAUCCGCACUCCUGCAGUGCCUCCUAGAAGUGCAGGUUAUCGAGCUCCCGAAGUCAUGAAAACUCGGAAACCCACACAAAAAUCAGACAUCUACAGUUUUGGAGUACUGCUCCUUGAGAUGUUAACAGGCAAGUCACCCAUCCAAUCUCCUAGACGUGAGGAUGUCUUCGAUCUGCCAAGGUGGGUCCAGUCCGUUGUUAGAGAGGAGUGGACAGCUGAGGUGUUCGACGAAGAGCUACUAAGGGACGGAAACAUCGAAGAGGAGUUGGUUGAAAUGCUAAAAAUAGCAUUGGCUUGCGUAGACCGUAUGCCUGAUGGAAGACCUACGAUGGACGAAGUCGUUAGGAUGAUUGAAGAAGUUCGGCCGUCUGACUCAGAAAAUCCUCCAUCUUCAUAGAAUAAGUCAGAAAGCUUGCUUACACCUUAAUCCCAUUCAUUUGGCUUAGCAUUCGUGUCAUGAAUAUAGAUUCAGAUUCUGGGGACUGGAAAUGUACAAAAUCUGAAACACCGGGAAGAUUGCAAGAGUGAUUUUUCUUGUUUCAUUUUGUCUAGGAACUAAUUUGAGAGUCAUAGUGUUGUUUGGCUUAGCAUUCGUGUCAUGAAUAUAGAUUCAGAUUCUGGGGACCGGAAAUGUACAAAAUCCGAAACCCCAGGAAGAUUGCUAGAGUGAUUCUUCUUGUUUCAUUUUGUCUAGGAGCUAAUUUGGGAGUUACAGUGUUGUUUGGUUUAGCAUUUGUGUCAUGAAUAAAGAUUCAGAUUCUGAGGACUGGAAAUGUACAAUAUCUGAAACGGCAGGAAGAUUGCAAGAGUGAUUUUUUUUUU